UUUGGUCCUAAAGGAGAAAAGAUCUACGAGUGCAGGUCCACUAUCCUGGCUCCUCCAGGUUCAGUGUAUGCAGACAUCGCUUUCUCACCAGUCACACCACCCAAGGUGACGUUUCGCACGAGAAUCUACCACUGCAACAUCAACAGUCAGGGUGUGAUCUGUCUGGACAUCCUGAAGGACAACUGGAGCCCGGCGCUCACCAUCUCCAAAGUGCUGCUGUCCAUCUGCUCUCUCCUCACAGACUGUAACCCUGCUGAUCCUCUGGUAGGAAGCAUCGACUCACAGCUCCUGACUGAAACAAACAGUGGACCAAACGCUACGCAACUGACUCACACCCUUUAGAGCGUAUAUAUGCAUAUACUGUGUAUAUACCACACAAUGUACAUGAUCACUGUGUGUGGGCAUAUGUGUAG